AUUUACCAUCAUCAACAUCAUCAUCACCAUUACCGUUGUCACCAACAUCUUCACCGUCAGCACUGUCAUUGAUCACUGUCAUCUUUUCAGAGAGAAGAGAAGAGACACAAAUCAACAAACACAAGCCAUGGAUUGAGACAUCAUACCAUGGAGUUAUAACUGAGAACAACGACACAGUCAUUCUGGAUCCACCCCUAGUAGCCCUGGAUAAAGAUGCACCAGUUCCUUUCGCAGGGGAAAUCUGUGCGUUCAAGAUACACGGCCAGGAGCUGCCCUUUGAGGCUGUGGUGCUCAACAAGACAUCCGGGGAGGGCCGGCUCCGCGCCAAGAGUCCCAUCGACUGUGAGUUGCAGAAGGAGUAUACAUUCAUCAUCCAGGCCUAUGACUGUGGUGCCGGGCCCCGGGAGACAGCCUGGAAGAAGUCACACAAGGCUGUGGUCCAUAUCCAGGUGAAGGACGUCAACGAGUUUGCUCCUGCUUUCAAAGAGCCAGCCUACAAGGCUGUGGUGACAGAAGGCAAGAUCUACGACAGCAUCUUGCAAGUGGAGGCCAUCGAUGAGGACUGCUCCCCACAGUACAGCCAGAUUUGUAACUACGAAAUCGUCACAACGGAUGUGCCUUUUGCCAUCGACAGAAAUGGCAACAUCAGGAACACAGAGAAGCUGAGCUACGACAAGCAGCGGCAGUACGAGAUUCUGGUGACCGCCUACGACUGUGGACAGAAGCCCGCUGCUCAGGACACCCUGGUGCAGGUGGACGUGAAGCCAGUCUGCAAGCCUGGCUGGCAAGACUGGACCAAAAGGAUUGAGUACCAGCCAGGCUCGGGGAGUGUGCCCUUAUUUCCCAGCAUCCGCCUGGAGACAUGCGAUGGCGCCGUGUCAUCACUACAGGUCACUGCAGAACUUCAGACCAAUUACAUCGGCAAGGGCUGCGACCGCGAGACCUACUCUGAAAAGUCCCUUCAGAAAUUGUGUGGAGCCUCCUCUGGCAUCAUCGACCUCCUGCCCUCCCCCAGCGCAGCCACCAACUGGACAGCGGGACUGCUCGUGGACAGUGGAGAGAUGAUCUUCAGGUUUGACGGCAGGCAGGGUGCCAAGAUCCCUGACGGGAUCGUGCCCAAGAACCUGACGGACCAGUUCACCAUCACCAUGUGGAUGCAGCACGGCCCCAGCACGGGCGUGCGGGCAGAGAAGGAGACCAUCCUCUGCAACUCAGACAAAACCGAAAUGAACCGGCAUCACUAUGCCCUGUACGUGCACAACUGCCGCCUUGUCUUCCUCUUGCGCAAGGACUUCGACCAAGCUGACACUUUUCGCCCUGCAGAGUUCCACUGGAAGCUGGAUCAGAUUUGUGACAAAGAGUGGCAUUACUACGUCAUCAAUGUGGAGUUUCCUGUGGUCACCCUCUACAUGGAUGGAGCAACGUAUGAACCGUACCUGGUGACCAACGACUGGCCCAUCCACCCCUCUCACAUCGCCAUGCAGCUGACGGUCGGUGCCUGCUGGCAAGGGGGAGAAGUGGCCAAACCACGGUUUGCUCAGUUCUUCCAUGGCAGCCUGGCCAGUCUCACCAUCCGCCCUGGCAAGAUGGAAAGCCAGAAGGUGAUUUCCUGCCUUCAGGCCUGCAAAGAAGGACUGGAUAUUAAUUCCUUGGAAAGCCUCGGGCAAGGAAUAAAGUACCACUUCAACCCCUCGCAGUCCGUCCUGGUGAUGGAAGGUGAUGACAUCGGCAACAUCAACGGAGCCCUCCAGAAAGUCUCCUACAUCAACUCCAGGCCGUUCCCAACAGCCGGAGUGCGGCGUCUCAGGCUCUCCUCCCAAGUCCAGUGCUUUGGCGAAGACGUGUGCAUCAGCAUCCCCGAUGUAGAUGCCUACGUGAUGGUCCUGCAGGCCAUCGAGCCCCAGAUCACCCUUCAGGGCACAGACCGCUUCUGGAGACCCGCUGCCCAGUUCCAGAGUGCCAGGGGAGUGGCCCUCUUCCCCGACAUUAAGAUCGUGAGCACCUUCGCCAAAGCCGAGCCUUCAAGUGACAUGAAGACGGCAGCCCCCAGAGCCGCAGUGCUGGAGGAAAUGCUUCACAACCUGGACUUCUGUGACAUCCUGGUGCUGGGAGGGGACCUGGACCCCAGGCAGGAGUGCUUGGAGCUCAGCCACAGUGAGCUCCACCAGCGGCACCUGGAUGCCACCAACUCCUCCGCCGGCUACUCCGUCUAUGGUGUGGGCUCCAUGAGCCGCUAUGAGCAGGUGCUGCGUCACCUCCGAUACCGCAACUGGCACCCAACCUCCCUCGAGGCGCGGCAGUUCCGGAUCAAGUGCUCCGAGCUCAAUGGGCGCUACACCAGCAAUGAGUUCAACGUGGAGGUUGGAGUCCUGCAUGAAGUCAGAGUCUCGGAUGAGCAUGUCAACCACCUCAUCGUGCAACCGCCCUUCCUCCAGUCUGUCCACCACCCGGAGUCCCGGAGCAGCAUCCGGCGCAGCUCAGUGGUCCCCAGCAUCGCCACGGUGGUGGUCAUCAUCUCGGUGUGCAUGCUGGUGUUUGUGGUGGCCAUGGGCGUGUACCGUGUCCGCAUAGCACACCAGCACUUCGUCCAGGAGACUGAGGCUGCGAAGGAGGCCGAGAUGGACUGGGACGACUCUGCACUGACUAUCACAGUCAACCCCAUGGAGAAACAUGAAGGACCAGGGCAUGGAGAAGAUGAGACCGAAGGCGAGGAGGAAGAGGAGGAGGAGGGAGCAGAAGAAGACUUAAGCUCAAGCAGCAGCAGCAGCAGCAGCUCCGAGGACGGCGAAGAGGAGGAGGAGGAAGUGAUGGGGAGAGGCCAGCGCAGGCAGAGCGGCGCCCAGCGAGCCCAGCUGGAGUGGGAUGACUCCACGCUGCCCUACUAGUGCCCGCAGGUCUGCUGCCCAGCCCGCGUGUCCCCUCGGUAAAGCCUGACCUGAUCCGU